UCUUCCGGGUUGCCAUAUCAGUUCCAUUACUGAUUCUUCAGCUUGUGAGCACAACAGUAAGGAUCGUUCUACAACUUGUGAUUUCAGGAUUACACGUUUCACUAUGAAGUUCACAUCGGGCGAGUUGCCUGAUGAUGUUGAAGAGGAUGGGGCGUGUGAUGUUACUGACGUGGACAAGAAACUGGAUAAUGUGAUUUCAACAGGAAAGCCCCAUCUAACUGAUCGCAAUGGAGAAGUAGAUGAGGCACCAUCAUCAAAGGGAGGUAACUCAGAGAUGAACAGAAACAAUAACAAAAUGUCCGAAACACAUAGUGUUCCACAGCCAGUCGAAAAUGGCCUCUCUGAUUCUGAAGACGACACAAACGGAACGACCCCUGAUUCCCUGGUCACUGCCCUCUCCAAGGUCACAAUUGCAGACAAGUUGAAAUCUUUGGCAGAAAUCAAACCAGGGACUGAGGUUGAUGACCUGAGCAGCAAAAUCUCCAAUGUCAGAUUGGAUGAGAAACCAGGCUUGGAUGAUGGAGAGCAGUACACGGAAAUAAAUGAAUCAGAAAUCACAACACUGGCGGAGGUUGAAAAAACGGAAGCAACAAGAAGCCGAAACCGAGCAGCCAACAGAGAGAGGCCCUAUGGGUGGGAAUCCAGCCAAUCACAAUCCACAUGUUGACCGAUAUAACCAUGUCGCUGCUAAGAACUACCCAGUGAGCGUCAACCGACAACUUUAUGGCCAGUUUUCUGGUAAUUACAGCCAAGUUCCUCAGUUGUAUAACAACAACUUAGUGUGCCAGCAGCGGUCGACUAUGAGCAACUACCCACAAGAAGUGACGAAACGAUCCCGCGAUGAAUUUGACCAGCAGCCUUACAAGUAUACAAAGCCUGUGGAGCCGAUCAACAAUCUGAGUGACCCAUCCAAGACGCAAACUUCAAAUCUGACUUUCUCAAAUGUUGUUUCUACAAAGAGUUUUUCCGGUGGCCAAGUGACGGUAAACAGCCCAGACAUAGAGUCUCUGAUACCCAGCUUCCAGUGCGGAGACACUGCAAAUUCGGGAGAAUUUGACAUCCUUAAUUUGCUGAGUCAGGGUGACGAGCCUUACAAGGAUCCAGAGAUGCUUACAAACAUCCCCCCAUACUCCCUUCGGCAGGGUUGCCAUAACAACAUUUCACGCCCGAAUCCCCAACUGGUCAAUGGAUCGUAUUUGGAUCAGACCCAAGUCAAUGUCAACCAAGUGAUGGAGACCAUUCGAAGCCAAAAAGGAGGGGAAACCCGAACAAGUUUCUCCACCGAGGACUCGGCCAGUGAGGGCUACAUCAGCGAGGGAGCCAGUAGUCCAUACAGCCCCUACAGCGAGAUUCAGGAUUCCCCUCCAGAGCAGACCAUGUACUCUCCACCUCCUUCUGUCGACAGUGGCGCGUGCAUGACAUCUGCUUCAAGUCCAGGAUCUGCCAUUGACAUUGGAAGUCCCAGGAGCUCCACAAUGGGGUACGAGUGAAUAUUGAUUUGUAUGACACCAGUUCCAGACACCCUCCCACUCCCACAAGCUCCAAUCAGCCAGUGCCGACCAGUCAAGGGUAUGGCCACCAGGCGCCAAGCUACCAGAGUAAUAUGGGCUACCAGGGCUUGGAGUAUCAAGUUCCAGGGGGAGCGGUGAACCCAAUACAUCAGACUGGAUACUUGCAGACACCUGUAGUUGACCAAGGAAAAGAAUCUAGUCAGAAUAGCAAUUAUAUUGAUAACAAUUUGGAGACCUUUCUGGAUGUUAUUGAAACCAUUGGGUUGGAUCUUUAUGUGGAUGAACACAAGAAGAAACAUAAGAAAGGAGUCCAAGAAACAGUGCUGCCAGUUCAGAAACAAGCACCUGUUCCCCUGCACCAGAAACUGCCCGCUACUGGUCAGCCUGGUCCCAGGAAAAGCAUCCCAGUAGCCAGCGUCCAGCCCAAUCAGAUUCAGCGUAAAGUUCCAACCUCCAGCACACCAGUUCUGUUAGUGAAGCAACCUCCUAGUACAACAGGAGUUCCCGAUAUCGGUCACCCCGAGUGUCAUCAAUUCUCAGAAGAUGAAUCCGACUCCUGUCACAACUGGGCAGAUCCUCGUAAUACCGGCUCCUCCCCAAAUCGUGUUUGUUGCGUCACCUCCUCAACCACCAGCAAAGAAGACACCCACUUUCAGAUCAAUACGCCCGAAGAUUCAGCCAAACCCUGUUCCCGGGGAUAGCUACGUCUGACUCUAGAAACGUGCCUGUGAAUUCAUCUCCAAAGGCAGUGACAACACCCAAACCAGCGCAGCCAUCUGGUCAAGUGUCACUGAUGACAAGUGGUCAGGUGCCACAGAGUUCCAACAAGACUCAGCCUUCAACUCCCAAAACAAAUAUCAAUCAGUUGAACAUCGCUCGUAGAUGUGUGGCAACCAUGACGGCGGAGGAGCUGAAGUGCACCGACCAAGAUGGGGACACGUACCUGCAUGUGGCUGUGUGUAAGGCGGACAAGUACAUGGUGCAGGCGCUGCUGGAGAGGAUCGUGCGAGAGAACCUGCAGACCAUGAUAGACACACAGAACAGAGAGAGACAGACUCCUGUAUAUCUUGCCGUCAGCGCCAACCAACCUGAUAUGGUGGAGAUGCUUAUCAAGUAUGGCGCCGAUGUCAAUCUGCUUGCAGAGCGGACAUCUACAAACGGACAGAAGGAAGUGAAGGCAGCUAUACACAGUGCGUCAUCCAAUGGGAAGGAUCAUCUCACAACUCUCCAGUCAUUACUUAGAGCACAGGACCUGAAUCUCAACAUGUUCAACUCCGACGGUUGUACUGCCCUUCAUUGUGCCAUCCUUGAGCACGGCCAACCUCGCCCCGACACCGGCGCCCCCACAGACAGCAAACCCAUCAUUGAAAACCUUAUCAGGGCCGGAGCUGAUCCAAACUCGCAGGACAAAAAGAGUGGAAAGACAGCCUUCAUGUAUGCACUAGAAACAAGGGACUACACUUUGAUUGACACUCUGUUGAACCUUGUCGAUAUCACCAAGGUCAGGUGUUAUUUCCGCACACAAGCGUUCGACGGAAGCACGUGUGUCAAGAUCAUGGAGAGCAGGAAGUCAGAGUUCCCGCCCAAACUGUAUGAUAAACUUGCAGCCAUAAUGUCGAACAGCCGCAGUAUUCUCUCCCACAGAUGAGCGGUCAACGCGUCCUCAUUUAUUUCAUGUCAUUACGGUUUUGCAUUGUGUAUAUCUCUUCUGUUCAACAACAUUUUGGUCACUUCAUGUUUAUAGCUCAUUUUCGCUCAUACUAUCAAUUUGUUAUUUUUGUACAGAAGCUAUUUUUAUCAUCUUCGAGAUGGCUCUAUUUUUCUCUAGUGAGGUGCAUUUUUUCAAAAACAAACAUAACAUUUAUCGUAAGGAACUGUAAGUCCUUUAUCAUUCUGCAGAGUUGCCUUCCUUGGAUAUGUGAAGCACUGCAAUGCAACAGAAAAUCUGUGUCAAACAGAACUCACUCACUUGUUGAAAAUCAAGAAGUUUUGUAACAUAUCUUUUUAACGUAGAGAUGUCUAAAUAGACAUUAAAUUGCCUGUGCAAUCCCUUUCAUGUAAAUUUCUCUUCCUAAAUAAACUAUUGCUUAAAGCAAACAUAUACUUUUUUUACAUCACUUUUAGACUACUCAAUUCAUGAAUUUCACAUUUUAUGUGUAAUACACUCAGCAAUGAUGUCAUAAAACUUCUUAUGUCAACUUUCAUUUGUUAUUUCAUAAAUGUUUAAUUUAAUUUCAAAUAAUUUGCUACAUAUUUUUUCAGAUUAUGCCUGCACAUUAAGUGACAUGCCAAGCCUUAAUGCUUCCGCAGCAAA